AUCCCCCCGUUAGUUGAGGUGUCCACUGAAAUGGUGUCCUUCAUGAGACCUUGGAAUUGAAACGAACGUCGAAGGGACGUGUCUGACUCCGAUGGCUUCCUCAUACCGUGACCGUACGUCGGAGUUCCGAUUACUAUCGGAGACUAUGAAGAAGAUCGGAGGUCCGGUUCAACCCGAGAAUCCUCCUUCGACCUCUCGCGGCGGCGAGUCGUCGUAUUCGAGAUCCGAAUUCAACCGAAAGGCCUCGCGAAUCGGGUUGGGGAUCCACGAGACCUCGCAGAAGAUCGCGAGGCUCGCGCAGCUGGCGAGGAAAUCGUCCAUGUUCAACGAUCCCGCCGUGGAGAUUCAGGAGCUGACUGUUCUGAUCAAGAACGAGAUCACGACACUGAACUCGGCUCUCUCCGAUUUGCAAACCAUUCAGAACACGGAUAUGGCUGACGGCGGUUACUCGCAGGAUACGAUUGUGCAUUCCACCGCGGUUUGUGAUGACUUGAAGAGCAAACUCAUGGGAGCCACAAAACACCUUCAAGAUGUCUUAACUGCUAGGACAGAGAAUAUCAAGGCUCAUGAGAACAGGAAGCAGAUAUUUUCCAAGAAUGCAUCAAGAGAGAACCCUUUCCAGCAUCAGCCAAAGCCAGCUAAUGAGCCACCACCUUGGUCAAAUUCAUCGAAUGCAUCAGAGAGUUUGCAACAAGAAUCAGCAUUACCAUCAAAUGGAGCUCCUGUUGGCAAUCAACUAAGACGAAGGUUGGCUGUGGACAACACUCCAUCCCAGCAAAUGGAAAUGUCUAUGGUACAGCAGGUUGUGCCUCGGCAUGAAAACUAUGCUCAAAGUCGAGCAACUGCUCUGCACAAUGUGGAAUCUACUAUCACAGAACUAAGUGGGAUUUUCUCACAUUUGGCUACAAUGGUUGCCCAUCAAGGGGAGCUUGCUAUCAGGAUUGAUGACAAUAUGGAUGAGUCAUUGGCAAAUGUUGAAGGAGCUCACAGUUCUUUAUUGAGGCAUCUCAACCGAAUAUCAUCAAAUAGGUGGCUUCUAAUAAAGAUAUUUGCCAUUCUGAUACUUUUCCUCACGAUCUUCAUAUUCUUUGUCGCCUAAUAUACUUCCAUAUGCUAAUCAUGGAAGUUUCACUUCGUGGCUUACUUGGAUUUGUUUUCGUUCUUCUGUGGAGACAAAAACACAAGAGCAGGUAAAUGUGCGGAUGUAUUCUAUUUGAAUGUAGAUAGAGAGCUCCGUCAUCUGUAAACAUUUUACAAUAUUCCCAUAUUCUUAGUUUGGCAAUCAUUAUAGGUGUUAUUAAAAUUUCGUUGGUAUGUAAUCCCCAUAUUAAGCAAAUUGAGUAAGAAAUAUACGAGUGUUUGGUAAAUUGAUAUAGAUUCAUAAUAUUUUUGAAGUUUCCAAGAUGCAAAAUAGAGGGAGAAAGAAAUAUCUCGUUUCUAGAUACUGUAGUGGACAAGUUAUCAAAUUAAUGGUAGCAUACGAGAAUUCCUUUGUUCACUUACGUGAUAAUGUAAGCUUUUUGAUAUUGUAAUAUCAAAAUUGAUUUUUUUUUAA